AUGUUGGUUCCCGCCGUCGCGGCGAGCCGGGCAGCGAGGGGCGGCUCCUCCGGCAGCGAGGAAAGGCCGCAUUCCCGACACGCUGUGCCCCGGAGGCCCCGGGGAGAGGCACCGCGAAUAAUAAUUCAGUGCUUUUUUUUUUUUCCAGGUGAUAAAUUAUGUUCAUGGUAUUAUGCUCGGUCUUACAAACGUAGCCCCAGCCUGCACUUCCAUAAUGAGCUGGAGCAGCUGGAAGUGAUCCAAGAAACCACUCCCAACCCCCAACCUGCAGAGGAGGAGAAAACCGAGCCAGCGCCUAGUCAGGAGGUUGCCAGCCCUGAACAGUAUAUUAAACAUCCACUACAAAACAGAUGGGCACUCUGGUUUUUUAAAAAUGACAAGAGCAAAACUUGGCAAGCAAAUCUUCGUCUUAUCUCAAAGUUUGAUACUGUUGAAGAUUUUUGGGCUUUAUACAACCAUAUCCAGCUCUCUAGUAAUUUAAUGCCUGGUUGUGACUACUCACUCUUUAAGGAUGGGAUUGAACCCAUGUGGGAAGAUGAAAAAAACAAGCGAGGAGGCCGAUGGCUAAUUACACUAAACAAGCAGCAGAGACGAAGUGACCUUGAUCGCUUCUGGCUAGAGACACUGCUGUGCCUUAUUGGGGAGUCAUUCGAUGACUACAGUGAUGAUGUGUGUGGUGCUGUUGUUAAUGUUAGAACUAAGGGUGAUAAAAUAGCAAUAUGGACAACUGAAUGUGAAAACAGGGAUGCUGUUACGCAUAUAGGGAGAGUAUACAAGGAAAGAUUAGGACUUCCUCCAAAGAUAGUGAUUGGUUAUCAGUCCCAUGCAGACACAGCUACUAAGAGCGGCUCCACCACUAAAAAUAGGUUUGUUGUUUAAGACGACACCUUCUGAGUAUUCUUUCAUAGGAGACUGCGUCAAGCAAUCGAGAUUGGGAGCUGAACCAAAGCCUCUUCAAAAGCAGAGUGGACUACAUUUAAAUUUGAUUUCCAUCUAAAUGUUGUUAAGAUUUGUGAGAAGUCUCAUUCGCCUUUGUCUUGUACUUCUGUGUUCAAUUUUUCUAUUUUGGCUGAAGUAACCAUUACCAAUUGGAAUUUUAGUACACUUCACCCCCUGCCCCAAAAUCCUUAAGUGUGUUUCUGGCCCACUCUGGAAUAGCUUGGUAGAAACAUUACUAUUGCAAAAAAAUAAUUUGUUAUCCACAGUAUUCAGAAAAAAAAGUUGCAUUUCUGUACCUGCAGAAAAUUACUCAGUUUUACAUUUGCAUUGUAUGCAGUAAGAUUUUGCUGGUUUGGAAAAGGAGUAUGGUGCAUACAGUUUUCUAGCAAUUUUUUUAUACAGCAUCAUCUUUGCUGUAACCUCUGCUGAUGGCUGCUAGAUUAAUUUAUUUGUUUUCCCUAUUUGAUAACAUUAGUGAUAUUUUGAUUUCAGUUGUUUUUGCUCAUGUAACAUUUGGUGAAGAAUCUGGGAAUAUGACAAAGGUGGAAUAAACAUGAAUUUUGUGCAUUCUUUGGUAAUUUUUUGGUUUUUUGUAACAUCAAAGCUUUGCUACAGAUUUAUGCAUUUCAGUCAAAUCAGUGAUCUUUUUGUGUGAUUUCCUGAACAUAAAUGUGGAUUUUUUUUUUAAUGUAACACCAUAAUUUACAUUCCUUACUAGAAAUAGUAUGUCUGUUUUUGUAUCUUAUGCUGUAUUUUAACACUUUGUAUUACUUAGGUUAUUUUGCUUUGGUUAAAAUGGCUCAAGUAGAAAAGCGGUCCCAUUCAUACUAAGACAGUGUACAAAACUGUAAAUAAAAUGUGUACAGUGAAUUGUCUUUUAGACAACUAGAUUUGUCCUUUUAUUUCUCCAUCUAUACAGCAAGUAUUUGUACCUCUUGUGACAAGGCAGUCUCUACUGUGGCUUCUAUUGUAGUGUCUUCCAAGAAAGAUAAAGUCUGGAGCUAUAGUCUGUUGAAACUUUUAAUAAACCUACUAGAUAGCACCCUAAAUCAAAGUGGAA